AUGGAUGCUGAGGUGGGGCUGGCCUCGGUGCCGCUGGACAAGCAUGGGAAAUUCGAGGAUGCAUCAAAUAUGGGGUCCAGAGACGCUUCGCUGCGAAUAGAUGCGGCAGCGGCGCCACCGCCAUCAUCGGAAGGGCACGCUGCUCCAGAGAAGACGUCAAAUGCGCCAUCGUCGGCAUCGCUCAGGGUCCAAGAGAAGAAACGGUCUCAGAAGGAGGCGGCAGAAGGCAGCUCUCUCGAAGUGCAAAGACCGAGAGGCAACGGCAGGCUGCGUGAACGUCUUGGCGUCUCCAUGGGGCAACCCUCGAGGAAUAGCGCGCCGCCCUUGGCAACCGAUAGCGCGGUCGAGGCUGUGACGGCCACCACCGGCGGGCCUUCCCAAGCUAUCGCACCAGUUGCAUCGACAUCGUCGCAGCUGCUGCGGCCCAGCACUCAUCAGAGGUCCACGAGGAGGGUUCGGUCGUCAUCACCAAGCAUGGACCAAGAUCACGCAAUGUCCGCCAAUCGAUGGGCUGACACUUCGUCAAAUCUGGCUACCGAGGUGCUGCCUGCCCCUCCUUCGCUACCCUACGACGUUUUGUAUGCACCUCUCGCCCCCCCUGCGGGCAUUGAUCCGAAACUACUGGCCCAAGCUGGAAUACCCGUCGCCAAUCUCUCCGCCUUGGCGCAUGGUGUCCACCCAGGGGCCGCAAAUGCGCCUUUUUCGACCACAUCAGCACCAGGACCGUCGCCUGCCUCGGCGGCAUCCACAGUCAACUCCACUUAUUCAGCACCCAAGAUGAAGCGCCUGGCCGCCAAGCAGACACUACAGAGCCACAUGGCCAGCGAGAAACGGGGUCAGAUGCCCAUGCCCUGGGGUCUCCGCACGACGAUUCUCGAACGCAAGAGGGCCAACGGAGCCACUGCCAAGACGAGGAUGGGCACCAUGAAGCGAUUUCCCCCACCGAGCGAGAGGACCAAAGUCACGCUCACAAAGGGUGCCGGCGGCGAAGCGGUCAGGAACAAGGCUUUUCCUGGCGCAAAGCCUGGCGACAUAACAGCGGCGGAUCGGAGAAGCGAAGCAUCGCAAGCCCGACCAGGUGGAGCGUCAAGGGUCACGGCAGAUGGUGCAGCUGCUCCGCAAAAUUUUUCUUCCUUUGCCGUGACGUUCCCAGAUGGGCAGACGAUGAAGAAUGGGGCAAUAGACGCGCAAACGCUCCAAGCAUCCGUUAGGGACGUCGACCGCAGCGGAGGCGGCGGCGAUGAUUCACAGGCAAUGACGCCUGUCGUGCCGCUUCUAGAAAUCGGGCAGGACGAAGACGACGAGGAAGAGGAAAGGGAGGAUCAAAUUGAAGGUGGAGGAUCGAGAAUCAUUGCUCAGGUCAAUGGGGACGCGAACAAAGUCAACGGCGGCGCAGCUUUAAAGGCAAAUGGAGAGCAAAGCAGCAGCGAAAUGGAAGUCGACGAAACAGCUUUUUCGUCGCCCGUUGCCCGCAGCCAGAGUGGAAGCCGGGGUACAGGCCUGGCGAGCAGCAGCGAAGGCGCCGAUGCGGAGGAUGCUUCCCUCAUCGAGAUGGACCUCGCCGCAGUGGCAAAGAGGGCCCACCCACUGCCGAAAAGACCGAAUACCAAUGGCACAAUGACGCCGACUGUCGAGGCCAUCACUGGCGUUCCUGACCAUGGGACGAGCCCUGAUGCUGUUCAAGAGCUGCCUAAGCCAAAAGAAGAGGAGACAGAGACGGACUUUAACACAUCAGCAUCUCAGAGGCAGGAGCAGGGCGCGGCGGCGGAAGCAGCGGCGUCGCAGGGCAAGAAGAAACGAGGCAGGCCAAGAAAUGGUCAGAUUGCCACGCCAGAUUCUGCUGCCGCAGCGAGCGCUCUCGGUCUCGUUUCCGGGUUUCACUCUGUGGACUCGUCAUCGUCGCCAUCGACGGACGACAGCACGCUAACGAGAAGGCCACGCGACGCGCACAAGAGGAUUCGACUUAGCGGAGGCUACUAUAAUAAGGGCAAACUCACGGCAGCAGCUUCCUCCCCGUCUCCAUCGCCCAAGCCGCCUGCUACGGCUGCAGAGGAAGACAGAGGCACUGAUGGAGACCGCUCCACUCACGAAGCUGAUGCCGAUCCGGCUGAUUCUGUCAUUCUCGACUCUCCAGCUCCAGCUGUGUCAAUAGCGGCGACUGUGGCAACGACGGCAACAAAGAGGUCUGGAAGGAGCUCGACACCGGCCUUCGUUGAGUCCAAUAUCACGCCGACGUCUACAAAGUCAUUACGGGGCAUGUCAGGGCAGCAGUCAUCGAGCCCAAGCAAGCUGAUCCACGCCAGCGGAGGCAAGGCAAGCGGCAAGCUUCGAGCUGGUACGCGAGGCUCAUCUGCAGCCUCAUCAACGUCCAAGGCCACGCCGACAAAGGGUGCGCACGGCCUGGUGGCCGCAGCCAAUGGACUGGACGACACCGGUGGCAACAAUGAGUUUUGCGACACGUGCGAGGGCCGAGGCCAUUUCAUUUGCUGCGAUGGAUGCCCGCGCAGCUUCCACUUCAAUUGCGUCAACCCUCCGCUAGAGAUUGACGAGCUGCCCGAGGGCGAGCACUGGUUCUGCCGCGUGUGUCGAGCAGAGGGAAAGGAUGGGAGUGGUAGCAACAGCGCUAAGGACAGGCACUCGGCGGCGAUGGCAAAGAAGAGAAAAGCUGGCAAAGGGGUCUUUGACGCCCUGUUGCGCCACACCGAGGUCAGCAAUCCUACCAUCUUCAGCCUCCCACUCGAGAUUCGAAAUUACUUCAAGGGUGUGGCCACGUCUGCUGAUGGAUCUUACACCGACUCGUCGAUGCUGAGGCCCAUCAAAUUGAACAAAGCCGGCUUCGUCGAUGAGAGAGAUCCUUACAGGCUAAAGGACCGAAACGGAAAGGCAGUCCUUUGCUACCGAUGUGGAGGCAGCGCGCUGCCGCAAGACGGCGUUCCGCUUCAAGUCAAAGACGAAGAGCAUGGGCAUGAACAAUCCUCGACCAACCGAGGCGGCGUUCCUGGUCGGAGGGCGGCCAGGCGGGCGCUGAGCAUGAUAGCCAAUCCCGAGGCAAGCUCCAUUCGUGGCAAAGGUCGGGAAUCUUCGGCCCAGGAAGCCAUCGAGAAUUCGACCUCUUCGACGGAUCCCUCUUCUCACCCUCAGCUGCUCGGAGAGCCCUCUUCCCGGCAACGCAGAGAGGAGCAAGGGUGGCGAAAGAUGGUCAGCUGCGAUUUCUGCUCCUCGCACUGGCACCUCGAUUGUGUGGGACCCGUUCCCAUGGUCGGGUUGCCGAGCUUGGCCAGAAAGUGGAUGUGCCCGAACCAUACCGACCACCUCGUACGACUGGAUCGAAUCCCUAAAAAUGUGGCAAAUGCAACGACUGUAUAUGACCUGCCAGUACCCAGCGAGAAGACGGUGGGUGCUGGAAAGCACUAUCGGACCCGCGUCGUCAACGACGGCCUCAUCGACAUCAUCCCAGACCCACUCGAUACCUUCUUUGGUGACGAAACUGGCACCGGGAAGGGUGGUGAGCGUGGGUGGGAUGCCGCACCGGGAACCACGUCGGUCGUGGACGCAGCUGCUUCGUCGAAAUCCAUCGGCGCUUCAACGACGCCGCCUACUUCUUCGAUGGUGAUUCCAAUUGCAGCAACCCAGGUCAACAACAACGCCAAGCUUAAGUUCAGAAUACCGGAGAAGGUCAUUCGACUGGACUGGUGGCAGCGCGUCGAGGAGGACCGUAACCGGCAGCAGCAGCUGCGCGAACAACGGGAAAUGCAACGCGAGACAGGAAAUCAAAAUGGCGGCAGACUCGAGAGAAGACCUGGCCAAGACGUCCUCGUCCCUGCUGGCUACAAUGGGCUCGAUCUCCUCGCCGUCAUUGCAGCUGCCAACUCUGCGACGUGUUCUGACGGAGCUGUAAAAGGAAAGGAGAGGGAUGACAGCGUCUUCGUAGAUGGGACCUCGCCCGCAGACCUUGUUCGACUCGCCCUGACGCCGCAGAUUGCGCCAAGGUACAGGCCGACAGAAGACGACCCCAGAGCUUCAUUUCCGUCUCGAAGAGAGAAAAGAUCAGCGCCCGGAGAGCCUCAGCAAGAGGAAGACGAGGACGUCAAGUGGUGGAAAGAAGGAGACGAAGAGGCGAGCUCGAUCCGAAGCAGCUUCCGGCCGGGCGAAUGGGAGGGCGACUUUGAAGGCGGAGACGGCGGCGGCUCUUCUACCAAUACUGCGAUCUCGAUCUCUUCCCCAACUUCCUCGAACACCUUUGCGAAGAAGGAGCCUGUGACGUCAACGACGGCGCAGCACCUCUCCGACGAUGCCGCUUUAGAUUCAGAGGAACUCAGGAGCCUGCGCGCGGUUCGGCAGCUCUUGCACGUCAAGGGAAGCCAGAAGCUGCUAGACUUCCUGAUGGCUCCCUGA